AGAGAGAGAGAGAGGCGCUUGGGCUUUGGUAAUCAAUCUUCAAUCCCUUUCAUUCACGGGGACGUCUGAGAUUGCCUGAGACUUAGCGUAUUCUUCAGCUCAGCCACUGUCAUACAUAUAUCUAUAUCUAUAUGUAUAUAUAAUACCAAACCAAAACCACCCGCUCCCUCACUACUUCUAUAGAAGUUAUCGAAUGGAGCCUCAACCUUAAACUUCCUUCCCUCACUCUCUUUUUCAAUUACUUACCUCCAUACAUAUCAAUCCAAUCAUUUCUAUUAUCAAGAUUUGUUUCUUCUCUCUUCUUGUUCUUUCUUACUUCCCUUUUUUUCUUUUUAAUAAUGGCGUCUUCUUCUUCUUUCACAUCUCCCCUCUGCACGUGGCUGGUGGCGGCUUGCAUGUCCUUCUCGUGCGACCGGGAACCACACCAACCCUCCAUGCUUCUUCAUCCUCAUCAUUCCGGCAACAAGAGACUCGGUCGAAGAAGAAAAGUUUUAUCGAAAUGUAGUGGUGCUGCUCAAUUCAACCGCAGCUUGAGUAUUUCGUCGUUUUGUGGAUCCAGCAUUCACGGCCUAAUUACUUCUCUUGAGCCUUGCAACGAAUACUACUCCUCUAAAUCCGCCCUUUCUUCUCUUCCUUUAUUCGCUGAUAAUGCACUUUCUUCCUUCUUUGGAUCCAACUCUGUUACUCUCAAUCGUAACCAAAGAAGACUGGCCCGUUCCCGUUCCCGUUCCCGUUCUGGGGAAGCAAUGUCUGUAGCAGUGCAACCUACCGAGGAAGUCAAAAUGAAGAAGAAGCCUCAUACAAAGCAAAGGCGAGUGGUUGUUACAGGGAUGGGUGUGGUGUCACCACUGGGUCAUGAUCCAGAUGUCUUCUACAAUAAUUUGCUUGAGGGUGCCAGCGAAUUUGUUCGAAGCAAUGGUUUUUCCCCUUUUCUCCUUUCCCAGAAAAUUGCUGGAGAGAUCAAAUCUUUCUCAACUGAUGGAUGGGUGGCUCCCAAACUUUCCAAGAGGAUGGAUAAAUUUAUGCUUUAUAUGCUUACUGCUGGCAAGAAAGCUCUGGUAGAUGGUGGAAUUUCCGAAGAUGUCAUGGAUGAGUUAGAUAAAGCUAAAUGUGGAGUUUUAAUUGGCUCAGCUAUGGGAGGCAUGAAGGUUUUUUGGGAUGCACUUGAAGCUUUGAGGAUCUCGUACAGGAAGAUGAAUCCUUUCUGUGUGCCUUUUGCAACUACAAAUAUGGGUUCUGCUAUACUUGCCAUGGAUCUGGGAUGGAUGGGGCCAAACUAUUCAAUAUCUACUGCUUGUGCUACAAGCAACUUCUGUAUAUUGAAUGCAGCAAAUCAUAUCAUUAGAGGGGAAGCUGAUGUAAUGCUUUGUGGUGGCUCAGACGCGGCUAUUAUACCCCCUGGUUUGGGAGGUUUUGUGGCAUGCAGAGCACUCUCACAGAGGAAUGAAGAUCCUUCCAAAGCUUCACGCCCUUGGGAUACUAAUCGUGAUGGAUUUGUCAUGGGGGAAGGAUCCGGUGUCCUGCUUUUAGAAGAAUUAGAGCAUGCCAAGAAAAGAGGUGCAAAUAUUUAUGCAGAAUUUGCUGGUGGAAGCUUCACCUGUGAUGCUUAUCACAUAACUGAGCCACGCCCUGAUGGGGCUGGUGUAAUUCUCUGCAUAGAAAAAGCCUUAGCUCAAUCCGGGGUACCUAGGGAAGAUGUGAAUUACAUAAAUGCACAUGCUACAUCCACACCAGCUGGAGAUCUUAAAGAGUAUGAAGCUCUCAUGCAUUGUUUUGGCCAGAAUCCUGAGUUGAGGGUGAACUCGACAAAAUCAAUGAUUGGCCACCUAAUGGGAGCAGCCGGUGCUGUGGAAGCCAUAGCAGCUGUGCAGGCAAUAAGGACUGGGUGGGUUCAUCCAAAUAUCAACCUGGAAAACCCAGAUGAAGGAGUGGAUACGAGAGUGCUAGUUGGCCCCAAUAAAGAGAGAUUAGAGGUUAAGGCGGCAUUGUCUAACUCAUUUGGAUUUGGUGGCCACAACUCAUCAAUCAUUUUUGUGCCUUACAAGUGAAUUUGAACCUUGUUUUGCUACUCCAACUGUUGCUGUAUUAUGGCAAAGAGUACCCAGGAAGAUUAUCUUGGUAUAUGUUCAAUUAGUCAAGUGCUUGUGAACAUAAAAACAUAUUGCUUGGACAGUGUAGCUUCACAGAGAGACUGAUGAAUAUCUCAAAGAUUAAGGAAAGACAAUGCUCCGAGUUCAAGAUGUGGUUAUUGUGAAACUAGCUUAUACUGUUACUAGAGUUUCAUUUUUCUCAUAAAUUGCCAAAGUGGGGCUUUAUUUAGUUAAAUGUGAGCCACUGAACCAAACCACCAUUACAUGCAGUUUGAUUUCUUGUUUUUAUGUAAAAGUUGAUGGCUGAUCAAAUUGUCAUGAUGCUCAAAUUGUAACGAAUUUUAAGCUAGCAGUUUCUAGGCUAACCUGUAUGUUGCAUUCCAGUCUGUUUCUCGUUUUCCCAUGUGUACUUGAAACUGAUAUUUGAGGAAAUAUAUCCCAGUCCCACCCCUCAAAUGAAAAGGAUUCAUUAUUGACUCUCCUUCGACUUGUAUAAUGAUAAAAUGGC